AUGACAAAGGGUACAGAGCAAUCAGUGAUUGUUCAAACUUCUAUUGUCGGGAAUUCAGGGAGAGAUGACGAAGUGGAGGCUGGCCCUUCUAAAAUUUCCAAGAUGAGCAGCAAUAGAUCAGACGAGCAUUACAAGCUGGUCGAGUUGUCGGACCAUGAGAUACUUGUUGAAUUCAAAGAGGGGUCAUCGGCGAACCCGAACAAUUGGAAUUUUAAUAAAAAGGUGUACAAUGUUCUCAUCGCGCUGUUUGUGGUUCUCAACAGCGGCGUAUCGUCCUCUCUACCUAGCAAUGCGGUUCCUGCUAUCAUGGAAGAGUUCCACCAGCAAGGUGACGGACAGAAGGUCUUACCAACAGCCAUAUUUCUUAUCGGGUAUGUUGUAGGUCCUCUAGCAUUUAGCCCAAUGAGUGAGACUAUUGGUCGGAAGCCGGUCCUCACUUGGUCCUUUACUGUCUUUGUCCUGGCAACUCUCGCCUGUGCUUUGGCACCGAAUUGGCCCUCACUCCUAGUCUUUCGAGCCAUCUGUGGCACUAUGGGUGCUGCACCGCAGACUGUAGUCGGUGGAGUAUACGCGGAUAUGUUUUCGGACCUACGGAGCCGGGGACGGGUGAUGGCCUUCUAUAUGUCGGCCGCAAGCUUCGGUCCAAUUGUUGGACCGAUAAUCUCUGGCUGCUCAGUCCAGUACGGCUGGCGAUGGACCUUUCGCAUUGACCUAAUCUUUGCCGGUAUUUCCUGGAUAGGGCUUAUGUUUAUGUCAGAAACCUUUGCACCGGUCAUCUUGAAACGCCAGGCUACCAGACUAAGAAAGGAGUCGGGGUGCAAUUCUUAUCUGUCUCGACAAGAGCUACAAAAUGGAGGCUUCCGAUACAGCACUACCCAGAUCAUCACGCGUCCGAUCACUAUGCUUCUCUUUGAGCCCAUCAUUCUGUUCACGGCCCUCUAUAUCUCUCUCGCGUAUAGUCUGGUCUUCUUCUAUUUCCAGGCGUAUCCCAUUAUCUUUGAAGGCACCUACAACUUCGACGUCCAAACCACAUCCCUCACCUACAUCCCCAUCGGCAUCGGCGCCGGCUCCUCAGGCCUAAUCUCUCUAUACUACGACACCAUCUACGAGAAAGCCAAAACAGCCGGAAAGUCCUGGACAACCAGCCCCGAACUGCACCGGCUCCCCGUAUCCUGCAUCGCCGGCCCCUGUCUCACAAUCAGCCUAUUCUGGCUCGGCUGGACCGCAAACCGCAACAUCCACUGGAUCGCACCGGUGCUCUCCGGCGUCCUCUUCGGCGUCGGCUACCAAAUGAUCUUUAUCUCGCUGCUUACCUACGUCACAGACGCAUACAAGAUCUACUCCGCCAGCGCCCUCGCCGCAUCGGUCAUUAUGCGGAGUAUCGUGGGUGCGCUGUUCCCGCUUGCUGCGGAUCCAUUGUAUUCGACUCUGGGUGUCGGGUGGGCUACCUCUGUCCUGGGGUUUGCUAGUCUGGCGUGUAUUCCGAUCCCGUUUGCGUUGCUUUAUGCAGGGCCGUGGAUUCGGAAGAGGAGUCCGUUUUGUCAGCGGUUGUUGGAGGAGGAUUCUUUGAAGGAGAGGACAGAGAGGACCGUGGAGGGUGUUUAG